GCCCCGCGCGAUGCGGUCACGGAGCCGCCGCCGCGCCCUCGCCCGGCGGUUUGAAUGUGAAGCGCAGCCGGAGCGCUCGGAGCCGCCGCCGCUGCCGCCGCUGCCGGGAGCCGCUCGGUUCUGCCAAAAUGGAGCUCAGUGAUGCCAAUUUACAAACUUUAACUGAGUAUCUAAAGAAAACACUAGAUCCAGAUCCUGCUAUAAGGCGUCCUGCGGAAAAGUUCCUUGAAUCUGUGGAAGGAAGCCAGAACUAUCCACUCUUACUCUUAACGCUGCUGGAGAAAUCACAGGAAAGUGUCAUCAAAGUUUGUGCAUCUGUAACGUUCAAGAAUUAUAUUAAAAGGAACUGGAGAAUUGUUGAGGAUGAACCAAACAAAAUAUGUGAAUCGGACAGAAUAGCCAUUAAAGCCAACAUAGUGCCCUUGAUGCUUAGCAGCCCAGAACAAAUUCAAAAGCAGUURAGUGAUGCCAUCAGUAUUAUUGGGCGGGAAGACUUCCCUCAGAAGUGGCCAGACUUGCUGACAGAAAUGGUGAAUCGCUUUCAGAGUGGAGAUUUCCACGUCAUCAAUGGGGUUCUUCGCACUGCCCACUCUUUAUUUAAAAGGUACCGCCAUGAAUUUAAGUCAAAUGAAUUAUGGACAGAGAUCAAACUUGUGCUUGAUGCCUUUGCUUUACCCCUGACAAAUCUCUUYAAGGCAACUAUUGAACUUUGCAGCACACAUGCAAAUGAUGCCAGUGCCCUGAAGGUUCUUUUUUCUUCUCUCAUUCUCAUYGCAAAGCUGUUCUACAGUUUAAAUUUUCAGGAUCUUCCUGAAUUUUUUGAAGAUAAUAUGGAAACGUGGAUGACAAAUUUUCAUAGCCUUUUAACUUUAGAUAAUAAACUCCUGCAGACUGAUGAUGAAGAGGAAGCUGGAUUGCUGGAGCUCUUGAAAUCACAAAUUUGUGAUAAUGCUGCUUUAUAUGCUCAAAAAUAUGAUGAAGAAUUCCAGCCCUACCUGCCACGUUUUGUAACAGCAAUCUGGAAUCUGUUAGUCACRACAGGCCAGGAAGUGAAGUAUGACUUGCUGGUCAGCAAUGCAAUCCAGUUUCUGGCCUCAGUUUGUGAGAGACCACAUUACAAGCAUCUGUUUGAAGAUCAGAAUACAYUGACAAGCAUCUGUGAAAAAGUUAUUGUUCCCAAUAUGGAAUUUAGAGCGGCUGAUGAAGAAGCGUUUGAAGAUAAUUCUGAAGAAUAUAUUAGAAGAGAUUUGGAAGGAUCUGAUAUUGACACCCGGCGCAGAGCAGCGUGUGAUCUAGUCAGAGGCUUAUGCAAAUUUUUUGAAGGACCYGUGACAGGGAUUUUUUCUGGCUAUGUUAAUUCUAUGCUGCAAGAAUAUGCAAAGAAUCCAUCUGUUAACUGGAAGCACAAAGAUGCAGCUAUUUACCUUGUAACCUCUUUGGCAUCCAAAGCUCAAACACAGAAGCAUGGAAUAACACAGGCCAAUGAACUUGUUAAUCUGACAGAAUUCUUUGUGAAUCACAUUCAACCUGACUURAAGUCUGCUACUGUGAAUGAAUUCCCUGUUCUAAAAGCAGAUGGUAUCAAAUAUAUCAUGAUUUUUAGAAACCAAGUACCAAAAGAACAACUGCUGGUGUCUAUUCCUCUCUUAAUCAAUCAUCUCCAAGCAGAAAGUAUUGUGGUCCAUACCUACGCAGCCCAUGCUCUUGAAAGACUCUUUACCAUGAGAGGGACAAAUAAUGCUACUCUCAUYACAGCUGCAGAAAUGGCACCGUUUGUAGAAGUGCUGUUAACAAACCUUUUCAAAGCUCUGACGCUUCCUGGCUCAUCUGAAAAUGAAUACAUUAUGAAAGCCAUCAUGAGGAGUUUUUCUCUGCUACAGGAGUCCAUAAUUCCAUACAUCCCUUCUGUCAUCACACAGCUCACACAGAAACUGCUGGCUGUCAGUAAGAAUCCCAGCAAGCCUCACUUUAACCAUUACAUGUUUGAGUCAAUCUGCUUGUCGAUAAGGAUUACGUGCAAGGCAAACCCCGAGGCAGUGGGGAGCUUUGAGGAGGCUUUGUUCCUGGUGUUCACAGAGAUCCUGCAGAAUGAUGUGCAAGAGUUCAUUCCGUAUGUGUUUCAAGUGAUGUCCCUACUUCUAGAAAUGCAUAAAAAUGAAAUCCCAUCAUCCUACAUGGCAUUGUUUCCUCACCUGCUGCAGCCAGUUCUCUGGGAGAGGACAGGAAACAUUCCCCCUCUGGUSCGGCUCCUGCAGGCGUACUUGGAGCGGGGCGCCAGCACCAUCGCCAGCGCUGCCGCCGACAAAAUUCCUGGAUUGUUAGGUGUGUUCCAGAAGUUGAUUGCUUCUAAAGCUAAUGACCAUCAGGGGUUCUAUCUUCUAAACAGUAUCAUCGAGCACAUGCCUCCUGAAUCAGUUGACCAGUACAGGAAACAGAUCUUCAUUCUGCUAUUCCAAAGACUUCAAAAUUCCAAAACAACAAAAUUUAUCAAAAGUUUCCUCGUCUUCAUUAACUUGUAYUGUGUAAGGUAUGGGGCAUUAGCUCUGCAAGAAAUAUUUGACAGCAUACAGCCAAAGAUGUUUGGAAUGGUGUUGGAGAAAAUUAUAAUUCCUGAAAUCCAGAAAGUGUCUGGACAAGUUGAAAAGAAAAUCUGUGCUGUUGGCAUUACAAAAAUAUUAACAGAAUGUCCUCCCAUGAUGGACACUGAGUACACCAAGCUGUGGAUUCCUUUGCUGCAGGCCCUCAUUGGCCUCUUUGAGCUGCCUGAGGAUGACACAAUCCCUGACGAAGAACACUUCAUUGACAUAGAAGAUACUCCAGGCUAUCAGACUGCAUUCUCUCAGCUAGCCUUUGCUGGCAAAAAAGAACAUGAUCCUGUAGGUCAAAUGGUGAACAACCCUAGAAUCCACCUGGCACAGUCUCUCCACAAACUGUCUACAGCAUGUCCAGGCAGGGUSCUGUCCAUGCUGAGCACCAGCCUGAAUGCAGAAGCACUGCAGUAUCUGCAGGGAUACCUCCAAGCUGCAAGUGUGAGUCUGCUCUGAGCUGCAGAGACUGCACAAGCAACAGCAAAACCUGCUUGCUUAUGCAGAAGGUUGACACUGACUUUUUUAUAGCAGAGCUCAGACUAAAUGAAACAAGCUGCUUGAAAUGUUACUGCAGAUUCCAUCUUGAAAAGGAUAAGUGUGGCUUUGAGCUGAAACUGAAGAAUUUGGUGGUUUGUGUACUCASAGAUAAAGGCGGCUAACUUCCAUUCCCAGAUUAAUUUCAAAGGGAAUAGUCAUAGCGGUUUAUUAUGGGAUUUAUUUGAAAUCUGCAUCUGCAGUGUUUGGAUAAUGUUUGGAAAUGUGUGGAGAGCACUGGCUGUAGAAACUCACUUCAGUCACUAAAAUUCCUUUUCAUUUUAAUGUUGUCCUUUGUAUUUCUUUUGUCUUUCCUUAAACUUUAUCUAAAUUGUGAAUAAAUAAGAAGUACUUGUUUAAAAUG